AUGGAUUUAUAUGAAUGUCUGAAUGAGUGCUUUAUCAAUAAUACGGCCCCAAUUGACAAAGAGAAGCGUCUUAUAUGCGUGAAUGAUUGCUACAAGGAAGAGUCAUGGGGUAUCAUGUUAUGGGUAGGUCUUUACAUAGCAGGUGCUUCUCUAGUAUGCAUGAUAGCCUUCAUAAUCGACCUCUUCAACGGUUUCCGUUCCAAGAAGCUUUGGUUUCCUUGCAAGUUCUUCUCCCUCAACGCCGCCAUAUCUGCCGUCCUCGCCAUAGCCUUGAAGAUUCCCUCCGAUUUAACUACCCCCAUGCACUCCCUUAACGAACAGCUCGUGAAACUCUCCGGUACCGCCUUGAUGGCCAUAUCAUUGGCAAACUUCAUGCCCUCCCUUGCCUCCAUGUCCGAUUCAGAACUCUUUUCCAACUUGAUGGCACUCGCCCUCUUAAUCGUCCCUCUUGUUUCAAAUAUUUGUAUCCAGAUCUCAACCGGAUUGAUUGAAAAUUUCCAAAUACUACAUGUCAUCAUCCUAUCCUUCAUUCUCCUCCAGUUUUCCUUGCUCAUUUCCACUGCCAUAGCUUCUCCCACCAUUAAAAUAAAACUCGACUCUUCUUACAAGGAAGCCAUGUCAACAGAAACUUCUUCCAAACGCAUCAUUUCCAACGACGAGUUAAUUAAGAAGCAUUGGGUUUUGACGCAGACAAGCAACCCUCAAUUUGCGAUAGCUCGUUCUGUUAUAUGCACUACUUCAGGAGCAACCUGUUUCAUAAUCUUUCUUUUUCUAGCUUUAUAUGUACUUCCAGACAUCAAUGAGUUGGUCUUUGACUCCGAAAUCAAUCUCACCGAAUCCAAUUACAAAUGGUCGGUGAAUUUCAUUGUUGCAUCCCAGAUGGCCGCAAUUCUCUUCGGGUCCAUAUCCCCAAUAUGUCGAUGGUUCACCAUGAUUUGGUUCAAAUUUACAGGAUGGUCAAAAUCAAGCUUUAGAGAUUUGUGGACGGUCGAGGAAUACUGGACAGAGAGAUUACGAGAAUUGAAAGAGUCGCGGUCACGGUUGAAUUGCCGCCUUUUGAAAUUACAAAAAUGGAACAGGAAAGCUCUGUUUCUGGAUAUUUGCAUUAAGUUCCAGAUUUUCACAGUUAUUUCAUGCAAGUUCCUCAGUUUCAUCUUCUUGGUCUCUUUCCUUCCCUCCCUUUAUUUCUACAAGAUGAUCUUAAUCUUAAUUGGUUCUAUAAAGAAGAAGAAGAAGAAGACGGUGGAUACCCGAAAAAAAUGGGAUUCUAAGUGGGAACUAAAACUUGAAAAGGAACCAGAGUUUCCCAAGGAUACAAUAAAGAAAAUUGUUAGUGUUGCUAAUGGUUAUAUCAAGAAAGGCAAGAAGAAGGCAGAUUCCAUGAAACUAAUCAAACUUCUCAACAAAGCAGAUGGAUUCGACGGAAUCGAGAAAUUCAAUCCAAUUCUUAUUCAAAGACUAACCGGAAUAGCCAUAGGCGGCGUACCUAAUAAUAGGAAUGGCAGUUGGACCAUGAUGGUUGUGACACUUUCCACCAUAGCAGUGGCCUGCCCAAACACAACAUGGGAAUGUGAGAAGUUUAUACUUAUGGUGAGCAAUAUCCUUCCAUAUGUCAUAUACGUUGAUGAAAUUGUUGGGGUUGGCUCAAAAGUUGACAAUAUUAUUGAUCUUGUGGACGCUGCCAUGGUUGUGUGGUUUGAUGUCCACUUCUCUAGAAAAUGGCUAGGAAACACCAACUUGCCAAUCCAGACAAUUGAGAAUAAUUCUUUGAAGGAGAAACUUACAAUUCUACAAGAAUCCAGCACGAAUUAUAUCGAGAAUGCAACAACUGGCAUUGAUAAACUGAGAAUCACAGCAGCAGAAUGGAUGAACGAAACGGUUGAGAUGGUUCUACAAUUCUCAGAAAGGGGUCACGAUGAUGAUGAUCUGUCCGACAAAAUAUCUGGAAUGGUUGCAGAUAUCUUAGCCGCGUGCUUGGUAAACCUAUCAAAAGCCAUAACCAUAAAGAUCUCAGACACUCCCAUUGAAAAAAGAGAGGAUGUGGUGAAACAGGCCGCUAGCAUAUUUGGAGAAACCGAACUAGUUCGACAAUUUGCGGAGAAAAGACUUUCCUCUGCUUCCCAAUAUCACAAGGACUACGUAGAGGCCUCCUGGUGGAAGGUUGUGAUUAAUAAACCGUGGAUCGAAGAUACGAUACAAGAUUUGAAGGCGUCUCAUGUUUCUACCUACGAGCAUAAGAUAAAUAUCCACGACCACGCAGAUGAUGCAUGA